AGUACGGAGUUUAGAUCCAGUGCUCUUCUGGACUGAUGCAGGAAUAAAGACGGCAACCAGUCGCGAAUGUUAAACACAUAGAAGCCGACUUAUAAGUUUAAAAAAUUUUGCGAGUAAAUGGGAUUCAACGUCUUCCGAACAGAAUGUAAAGAAUUCCUUGAAGGAUGUGGGGAAUUAAAGGCUCGUGCGCUGCGCUGUUAUUGUUGUUUUGGGCUUAUAUUUCCGUGUCCUCGGUUAAUGCCGACAGUUUAUCUGCUCCGCUCAAUGUGACCAUCAAAGCACUGGAGGGGAACUCAGCGAUAGUGACAUGGGAAAUUCUGGAGGGAGACCCAGUCAUUGGGUUUGCCAUCACCCAGCAGAAAAAGGAUGUUCGUAUGCUGCGAUUCAUCCAGGAAGUGAACACCACCACUCGUUCAUGUGCAUUGUGGGACUUGGAGGAGGACACAGAAUACAUUGUCCAUGUGCAGUCCAUUAGCAUGAGCGGCACCAGCCCCCUAAGUGAACCUGUUCUGUUCCGCACUCCCAAAGAGUCAGAGAAACUGGCCUCCAAAAGCCCAGAUGAAGUGACCAUGGAGGAGGUUGGCCAGGCCGCCCAGCUCAGGGCUGGAGAGCUCAUUAUCAUCGUGGUGGUUCUCGUCAUGUGGGCAGGUGUGAUAGCUCUGUUCUGCCGCCAGUAUGACAUCAUCAAAGACAAUGAGCCCAACAAUAACAAGGACAAAGCCAAGAACUCGUCAGAGUGCAGUACCCCAGAGCACCCUACGGGGGGACUACUGCGCAGCAAGGUCUAAUUCCGCCUUCCCGUCGGCAAUAAUAGGCUUUAGCCUCAGGACAGGUAUGUUCACUUGUUUGUGUGCUUGCUUGACAGAAUUGAAAAUACAAAAAUAUCACAUGAAGUUUGAUCUUUUGUUGUUUGGUAGUUUUUAAACAUGUUUUAUUGUUUUCUUUUCUAAUACAAUUUAUUUAACUGACUAUUGAUAGGAUGUUACGGUUACAAACAUGGGACAUAUGAAUUAAUUUAAUAACAGUACUUGCAAGGCAGCACUGUAUUGAUAUUCCUCAUUGUAGUUCAGAUUUGUUCUAAACUGCCAAACCAAAAUAUUAAACUUCUGAAAGCCUGGACUGCUUAACACCCAGACUCUAUUCAGUCUAAUAUGUACUAUCUUUGUUUGUU